AAAAUGAAUUUACACAAGAUAUCAUUAGUAAAACUUACAAUAAUAUUGAAAAUACACUUAGUUAUUGGACACAAGAAAGGAUGCUUAAUGCAAAACCUUUACUUACGCCUUUAAAAUUUAACAAAACUAUAAAUAGUGAUGAAAAAAAUAUGGUUAAUACUAUUACUUCAGAAGAUGAAAACGAUAAACCUUUUGCAGUUGGAAUAUUAUAUUUUACGCAAAAUUCUUCAGAUUGGCAAUGUACUGCUAGCUUUUGCCCAGGAUAUGACAAUGGUAAAGAAAGCCGGUACGGAUGCGUUGGUGUCGUAAAGACUAAAGUUCCAAAUGAUUAUAUAGCCAAUUUUAAUAGUGAUUAUGGAACCUUAAAAUUUGAUUUUCAUGGUCAAGGUAGAUUGCAAGAUCAUUCAGGAUGUCUGGGCUGGGGUAUAAUUCCAAAAUAUCCAGUAGAAAUUGUUACAUUUGGAGAUCCAGGAGAUGGUGACAUGAAUUGUGCUAAAAACUCUUUUACCUUUUGCAGUUGGAGAGGCAAUGCACAGGCUGAUGAAAAUUCGGAUAUAGUGACUGUACCUCUAGAUCUUGGACAUGGUUCAAGUGGAGGCCCUUGGUUAAUUAAGAAUAGUCCACCAAGUAAUAUUGGAUAUUUGAUUGGAAUAACAUCUGGUGGACCUUCUGAUGAUUCUACAACUUUUUCGGAUGCACUAGAUUUUGACUUAAUUCGACAAUUAAUAUCUUGGUAA